AGCCAUUUGGCUCAAGUUGCUUAGCUCAAUCCGGUGGUUUAGAGUCCUGUUUGCUCGCUCGCGAGCGGAAGAAGUCCUCCCUUUCCGCGAAGAUGCCCAGCACGUUGCAGCGCUCGGAGUCAUUGAUGAUCAGCGACGAGGCUUUGGGGUCAAUAGGCGAGGCGCUCGACAGCCCAACAACAGUGAGAAGAUCGGCGUGCACGUUAGCGGCUUGACCCUGGCGAUCUGCGCUGGAAUGGUCAAUGCUGUGGCGUUUGCCAAGUUCAGUACGUACGUCAGCCACGUCUCCGGCUCCUCUACAGCGAUCGGGCUCCGCCAGUUCGGAGAUCAGCCUGGGGACGUGCCAACGCCCGCGCUGCUCGUUCUCGACUUCAUCGUUGGGUCGACCCUGUGCGGCCUGCUCAUCCCCAAGGCGACGCUCAAGAUCGGCAAGGCGCCCUACUCGUCUGCCCUCAUGAUGCUCGCGCUCAUCAUGGCCAGUCCGAUAGUCUUGAGCGGCCACGGUCUUCUCGGCGCGCACCUGUUGGCCCUUGGCUGCGGCCUUCAGAACGGGCUCUGCUCGUCUUGGAGCGGAAACGUCAUUCGCACGACUCACAUGACCGGAACGGGCACGGACCUGGGUUUGGCCAUUGGUCGAAUCAUCUCCAGGUUUCUAACUAAGUGCAGGAACUUUGCGCCAGAAGACUGGGAAGAGCAUACCGCGGACAGAAACAAGGUGAUUCUCAUGAGUCUUCUCCUUGCCGGAUUCAUUGGAGGCGCGUGCUUGGGUUCCAUCGCGUACAACGCCUUCAAGCUCUGGACGCUCCUCAUGCCUUCGGGCCUGUACUGCGUCCUCGCCCUUGUCCACGAUCUCUAUGUCCAUUCUCAAGGGGAGACAAUCCAGAAGUCGGUGGCUUUGGAGUCGCAGUUUGAGCGGCAGCUUAGCGGAGCCAGCGAGUUCCAGCGGCAGAAGAGCGGGGAGAGCAAGCAGUCCAAGCUCCUCGGCAGCAUUCAGGAGGACUCGGCCUUGGUCGCAGCGUAGCGAGCGCGCGGCAAUUCUGGCGCCGAAUUUUCAUGCACCGCUGGCGUUCGCCUGCAUUUUUCCGUCGACCAGACCUGAACGAACACAUUUCCAGAAUUGUAACAAUUGUGUGAGUAGUUUCCCGAUCCGUGCGCCAGUCGGGGUGUCGUCGAUGUGCGACACGCCAGGGCGAGGGCGCCGAUGUGGGCCGCCAUCGGCAUGGCCUUUGAGCCUGCAGCUGAAGGUAUCCGUCUUCGGAGCGUGCCCUGGCCGCCCACUCGCUCGCGUCCGGCGCCGGCCGCGCAGCCGCGACGGCGAGCGCAGCGCACCGCUGACACCUCGGCGCAGUGCGCCGACGCUCCGCCUCGGCCCUGCCCCGACCGCCUGCGCCCUGCUCCUCCGCCCUCCUCCCGUGACGGGGCGCAGGGGCUGCCCGAGUCGCGGGCUGCGCGUGUGCUCCUCCGCCCGUGCGACGUGCUCCGAGCUGGUGCUCCCGGCGACGCGCGGGGGGGGGGGCAAACGAGGCGCGCGCGACCCGACGCGCGCGCUCCCGAGCUCCGCCCGGCGACUCGCGGGGGGAGGGGGGCGAACGAGGCGCGCGCGACCCUCCCGAGAGCUCUGCCUGGCGACGCGCGGGGGGGGGGGCCGACGAGGCGCGCGCGCCCCGUCGCGCGCGCUCCCCCGAGCUCCUCCUCCUCCUCCUCAU